AUGUUCAAGCCUAGACAGAAGCAGUUGGGAAGCCAAGGCUGGGUUCGUAAAAGGGCUCAUACCGAACGCGAUAGUCUGUUGCCCUUCAUCGCCUCGAUCUAUCCAGUGACUCCAGCACAACUAAGAGACUCUACUCUGAUCGUACUCACGCCACACUCCCGAAAUUUGUCCUGCAGUAAACCGGCGGCUUCAGGGUCGGAACCCUAA